AUGACAAACAUUUCGAUAAGCUCCAUAAUAAACAAUAUUGAGAAAUAUGCCCACAUCCCAACAGGUAUAGACUACUCUGAAUCUCCUCCGCGAACUGUUCUGUCUUUUAGUGACGAUCCUGUGGUGCUCACUUGCGGCUGUGUUAUAGCGAGCACUCUCGAAAAACAACUGAGAAGUCAGUCUAAAACAUUUGGUUGUCCCGUAUGUUCUAACGAAGAUAGUGAGCUUUUACGCUCGUGUGAACCUUUACGUUCUAUUCUUGAAUAUAUACAGGUGUUGAAAGAUGAUUUAGAAAAGAAUUCGCUAGAUCUUUCUGAUUCUGUUUUACGCAAUCGAGACGAACCAACGGGUAACGGAUCUUCAUUGCUAACGGUAUUUCAUGAAGUUCUCAAUGAGGUUGGAGAUACUUUCAAACCCGAUCAGAUUGCCACCUCGAACGAAUAUAAAAAAAGUGUCGAAGAUCGGAUGUCCUCAAUUAAGAUUUUUGAUGAAUCAUCUGAUCAUCUGGGUGUCUCUGCAGUUACAAUGUUGUCCACGGGCUCAUCAAGCGAUAUCUUACAAAGACAGAAAACGAAGACGUCGUUCCAGGGCUCCAAUAUUACAAAGCUUCUAUCUUCAUCUCCCACCUUGGAGAAACAAAACAGAAGAGCGAAAGAACUCAAGACUAAUAAAGAGCUCCUGUUUUCAAAAAACUUCCCCCAUUACCGGAAGCUCUACCAACAUCACACCCAUCACUCCAGUUUUCCUUUCAAGAGCAAGCUAUUCAUAAAUACUGCAUUAUCUCCUGACUUGACCAAAUUUGUUUUGCUCAGCGAGAAAAAGUGGGAAGUGUACGAAAUUUCACCUUCCAUGCCUCAUAAAUCCCCAGUUCUUUACUGCUGUGGUAAUAGCAAUGGAGACUACGGCUCUGACUUUGAUUCACUUAUACGAGUUUCAAGAGCUGAAGUUAUUGCAAGCUCAAAUUUCAGUGAAAGUGUAAACGAAUCAAUGGAUCUACUAACUAAUUGGGAACAUCUUUCUUGCAAGAUAACGGAGAGGUUACUUGUUAUAUCAGGAACACGCGGAUUCGUUCGAAUAAUUGAUCUUAGUUCCAAAGGAAAGCAUUUAUUCACAUAUCAGUCUCGCUUUCCUAUUCGUUGCAUUGAUGUGUCUCCAGAUGAGCGAUUUGUUAGUUUGGGAGUAACAGGUAAAGGCAAGUUGGCUGGAUCUGAGCAAGCGUUCAUAAUUCUUUUGAGAUUACAGUUCACCGAAAAUUCUUUCAAAGGAUAUACAUUGCAGCAUGACAGUCUUUCCAAAACCAAUGAAUUUGAAAAGACGUCUAAAACUUCUCAAAGUGCUUCCCUUCUUGGGUCUAUCCAACAGGAUAUCAGUUUUAACCCUUCAAUUCAUUUCAAGUUAUCAAGUUUCCCAUUCACAUUGCCGUACCGUGACCCAAUAACGGUCUUGCAGUUCUCUCCAAAUUCACAAUACUUAUCGGUGGCCACAGCAUUAGAGUCCCGAUUUAUGGUCAUCAGUGUCUCGGAUCCAAGUCGCCCUGUCCUAGUGAUGAAAUCACAGCGAAAACUGGACACCUCUCUUGAAAGCGAGGGGAUCACAGACUUGCAAUUUUUCCCGGACAAUAGAUUGAUGACUCUUACAUCUGUUUCUUACAACUCUGUUCCUAUAAUCAUUGACACAAAAAUAACGUCUAUUUCCGGACCGGAGGGAAUUGCAAAUCCUAGGCUUUUAUCAAAAUUAGAUGACGUGGGUCAUACUAUACACAAAUGCUGUGUUUCGCCACGAGGGGACUCGAUUGCAUACUUGGACAGAUCUGGAACCGUGUACCUAAUGACAACCCCUCGGAUGGAUGACAAUGACAAUAAACGAUUGGUGAUUGUUACGGAUGUCAGUAAUGCUUAUCGAGUGAAAGAAUCAGCCUCAAUGCGUUUUGAUCGCGAAGGUUACAAAUUGUAUAUAUUGGACCGGAAAGGCGUUCUUACAAUCUCAGAUUUUACGGCCGGGACAGUUGAAGACCCUUCUAUUACUAGAUGCAAAAUUGUGACAUGA